UUCUGCCGCAACCACCUUUCUGCCAAGAUGAGAAUCAAUCGGCUGUCUCUGAGUAGGCGUCACAGCCUGAGUGGCCUGACUCAGGUGAAAUGUAAAAGCACAAAGCUGUGGCAGGGUUCCGAGGAAGAGCUAGCAAGAAGUGAGAGAUACUAUAGGAUGUUGGAUGAUACUCCUCCACCUCUUCAGGGGGAGAAGCCUCCAAUUUAUUACAAUCUGGAGGAGAUGAAGCAGUUACCAACAACACCUCCUACUCCUCGCAGCCCACCAUUACAGAUGCUGGAAACCUGGGAACGUCACAUAGACUCCAGCUCCCUGCGUAAUUACUACUAUAAGCCUGCAACAGGUGAAAAGUCAUGGAAGCCACCCAGGAGGAGCCAAGAGAUGAGCUUGGUGCAGAUAGAGGGAAAUGAUCUCUCAGCUCCAGCAGAUCCUACUCAAGGAGCCAACCUGGACCAAACAGAAGACAGGGUGAGCGCGGAGCGGCCUGGGGCUCAAAGUCUCCACAAAAAGCUGGGAUAUACCAGAUCCUUGAUGUUGCCAGAGACAUUGCCUCACAAGGGAAACCAUCGGCGGAACCAUUCCCAAUAUAGCUUCGACGCCUGGUUAAGAGAAUAUUCUGUGCCAUCGCCUCCCAAUGGCUCCAUCACAGACGAUGCUGAAUUACUGCAUAUGGUGGAGAAAUGUGGACAGCUGAACAAAACCAAGAUUGCUGAAGGAGGUCGGAAACUCAGAAAAUGCUGGGCGUCAUCGUGGCUGGUAUUAGCUGGGAACAGCCUCAUGUUCUACAAGGACCCCAAGGUUUCUGCUGCAUGGACUCCAUCGGGUAGCCGCCCUGAAAGCAGUGUGGAUUUGCGUGGGGCUCGUAUUGAGUGGGCUCGGGAUUUGUCCAGCAAGCGGAAUGUCUUCCAUUUUCGCACUGUGACUGGCAAUGAGUAUCUCUUGCAAUCAGAUAAUGAAGCUGUCAGCCAGGACUGGUACCAGGCAAUCAAAGGGGUCAUCCACAGACUAGAUCAAGAGAACCCUCUGGAUGAGCCGCUUUUGUACCCACUCUAUCGGUCAAACAGUGCUGAGCUUGUGGAUUUGAGCUGGGAUGAUGAAGACGAACUUGGGGUCUCCAAGGGUGAAGUGCAAGCAGCCCCCGGGAGUCCUGGCCGAGUCUACAAGAAAAGGGUCAAAAGCAAGCUGAGACGCUUCAUCGCCAAGAGGCCUCCCCUGCGAAGUUUGCAGGAGAAAGGACUGAUCCGAGAUCAAGUUUUUGGCUGUCGGCUAGAGGCCCUGUGCCAGCGAGAAGGGGGCACAGUACCCCGGUUUGUCCAACAAUGUGUGGAAGCUGUGGAACAGAGAGGGCUGGAUGCAGAUGGGAUCUAUAGGGUCAACGGGAACUUGGCCGUUAUUCAGAAGCUGAGAUUCAUAGUUGACCGUGAACGGGCAGUGACAUCUGAUGGACGCUAUGUCUUCCCAGAGCAACGUUGCCAAGAGGAUAGGUUAAACCUUGCCAGUCCACAGUGGGAUGAUGUGCAUGUGAUAACAGGGGCUUUGAAGCUUUUCUUCCGAGAGUUACCUGAAUCCCUAGUGCCCUACAACCACGUUGAGGAAUGUAUAGCUUCUGUCAAGUUGUCCGAUCACAAGGAAAAAGUGUCAAAGAUUGCUGGGCUGAUCCAGACUCUCCCUCAACCAAACCGGGACACACUGCAUUACUUACUUCAGCACCUCCGCAAGUAA